GGCAACAUUUGGGACAGGUGGCAACGUUGUGGAAUUCGCAUACCUGCGACACGUAUUUAUUUAUAUUAGAUGUUUUUUUAUGUAAAUUCCACUGGGCCUAAAUUAAGAAGUCAACGCCGUAAACAACAAGUGCAAAAACUAUCCCAAAAUGUUUGCCAAUCUAAAAAAUAAGCUCAUCGAAGAGGUGAAAGCGUCGCCGUCCAAAUUCCAACAAUUUGCAAACGCAGCCCAGGCCGCCGUGAGCUCAUCGUCCAGCACAACAACACCCAACAGCUCGGAAAAUACCGAUAGCGGCAACAAUGAGAACUUCUUCAGCAUCACGGAAGAAGAUACGCCACAAAACUCUCCAUACCGCAUACAGAAGUUGCCGCGCGGCAAUCGUGCCUCGACCCAGUCUCUAAACGGAGUGGGAGGAGCUGGCGCCAUUCCGCGCGCCCGCAAGCUGUCCAACUCGUCCAUGGCCAGCGAUAUCUCGUUCCGUCUGCCUCCCUAUGAAGCUCCAGCGAUGUAUCACCUGCAGUCGGAUUUUGAGGAGACGAGCAGCGAAUUUGAUGAUUCCGCAUCGACGGCACGCCUGGAUGUCAUCACCAAAGAUCAGCUUUAUGAUGCCUACAAAAAGUCGCUCGAUCGAUAUCACAAAUACCGCUGUCGCUAUACGGAUCUGGCCAAGAAGUACAAGGAACUUGAACGGGACAGCAGCAAAGCACGGUCCGUGCUUGUGGAGACGCAGGACAAGGCGCUACGCCGCAUCAGCGAGCUGCGUGAACAAUGCACGUUGGAGCAGCAGGCCAAGGCUCAUUUGGAGGAAGCCCUGCGCAUUGAAAUGGAUGACAUGAGCUGCAAGAUGCAGGCCUACCAAACCAAACUGAAGCUGUUGGGUGAAAAUCCUGAAAACGUGACUGCAGCUUUGGAACGUGGUCAAAUAAAUGCUGAUGACAAGCUCAUUGAUCUAGAGGAAGCAACAACAACGCCAGUAGCCACCUCAAAUGGCAGCCAAUCCAGUCAGGAGCAGGACGAACAGCUGACAAAACUUCGUCAGAUGUUGGCCGAGAAUGAAGAACAGUUAAAGCAAUUGACCCACAACAAUAAGGAAGCCAACGAGACAAUCGCAUCGCUGCGCAAACAGGAGGAAGAAAAUGUGCUACUCCUAGCACAGACCAAGCAGGCUAUACACACGGAGCUGGAGCACAAGGAAUCGGAAGUACGCCAGUUGCAGGAAACAGUAAAGCAGCUGGAAGUUGAAUUGGAGCUGGCGAAUGGACGGGAGGCGCAGUCAGGGGACAUCAAGGAGCAACUAAAGAAGUUGCAAAGCGCUAAACAGGAAGUGGACGCCAAUCUCAUUGCAGCGAAUCAUGCUCUAAGCACCCUGAAAGGAGAUCACUCAGAAAAGACGCAACAGAUGGCAGCUCAACUAAAGAAAAUAGAGUCCGAGUUGAAGCAAAAAGAGAAAGAGGUUUGCCAACUGCAGGAGAAUUUGAAGCAUCAAGAAAUUGAGCUGCAACAGGCAAGAAAUCAUGAAACACAGGCUCAGGAUAUCGAGGAGCAACUAAAGACGCUGCAAAAUGCCAAACAGAAAGCGGAAACUAAAUUGGAGACAGUGGAACAAUUGCUAAGCACACUGAAAAAGGACCUAACGGAAAAGGAGCAGCAAUUGGUGACACAACAAAAUAAAUUGGAAUCUGAGUUAGCAUCAAAGGAAACUGAAGUUCAGCAACUGCUAGAGAAGUUGAAGCAACAAGAUGUGGGACUGGAAGUCAAGGAGCAGUUUACACAGCUGCAAAGUUUUAAGCAGGAAUCGGAGGCGAAACUAAUCGCCACUGAGGAACAGCUUAACAACUUGAGAUUAGAUCACACGGCAAAGGAGCAACAAGUGGCAUUGCUGGAAAAACAGCUACAGUCGCAGCUGGAGCAUAAGGAAAACGAAGCACAGAAGCUAAGGGAACAAGUAGAAAAGCUGGAAACAGAGUUGGAAUCAUCCAAGCUGCGUGAAUCACAAGCCGAAGAUAUCAAGAAAGAUUUAAAACAGGCUAAGCAGGAGGCGGAAACCAAACUAAUCGUCACUGAGGAACAGCUAAACAAGUUGAGAUUGGAACACACGACUAAGGAGCAAGAGUUGGCUGCGCUGGAAAAGCAACUACAUUCGCAGGUGGAACAGAAAGAAAACGAAGCGCGAGAAUUGCAGGAGAAGAUAUUACAGCUAGAAGCUGAGCUGGAACUAUCGAGUAAUCUUGGAUCACAAGCCGAGGAAAUCAAAGAACAAUUAAAGCAGCUACAUCAUGCAAAGCAGCAGGCGGAAGCUAAACUAAUUGUCACAGAGGAAAAGCUAGACAAGUUGAGAUUAGAUCACACGACCAAGGAGCAACAACUGCAGUCUCAGCUGGAGCAGAAGGAAAACGAAGCGCGCCAACUUCAGGAAAAAGUAAUGAAGCUGGAGACUGAGCUGAAAUCCUCCAACACACGUGGAUCACAUGCCGAGGAAAUCAAGGAACAAUUAAAACAGCUGCAAAAUUCCAAGCAGGAAGCGGAGGAUAAACUAAUUGCAACCGAGGAACAGCUAAAAGGCUUAAGAUUAGAACACUCGGCCAAGGAGCAACAAGUGGCUUCACUGGAGCAGCAAAUACAAACUCUUAAAACCGACAGCGAUCAGAGCUUAGAAGAUUUGCGACUUCACAACAAUCAGCUAAACGAAAUUGUUCAACGCUACCAACAAAACGAGUCGACUUUGGAUGAAGUGCAGGGACAGCUGCUGGAAGCCAGGGAACGACUGACGGAGCAAGAGCAGCGGUUGCUUGAAACUGAAAAGAGUCUGGAGAAGGAACGUGAAAUGGUCUCUGUGUUGAACGUAGAAAAGUCGGCAGCAGAGGAACAGACGCUUAAACUUCAGCUGGAGCUGCAAACAUUAAAUGAUCAAUUUGCCAGUAGUACCGACAAUGAGGCGGAGGCGAUGGCAACUCUAAGGACACAGAUCGAAGCCCUCAACAAGCAACUGGCUGCCGCUCAGUCCGGCACUGUUUCAAAGGAGAAGGAGCUCAAGGCAAGCGUCAAUAAACUGAACAAGCUUAAGAAACAACACGAGCAGCUGCAGGCGAAGCACAGCGAGCAAGGUGCCACCAUGGAGCAGCUUAAAGCGGAGUCGGCUAAAAUGGAAGAGCUGCGGAACGAGAAACGGGAACUGCAGGAGCGAGUCACUGUCAUUCUGGAAGAGAUUACCACCAUGCAGGCUCAUUUACAGGAUGUACAGUCCGCACAAACUCAACUGGAGCGGGAGAAGCGUCAGCUGGAGGCGCACAUUGAGGCACUGCAGCAACAGCAACAGGACAACGAUGUCCAGGGUGAGUUGUCAACGGCCAGGAUCGAGGAGAUCGAGCGCGAGAACAGCAAACUGGCCGAACGCAAUUCCCUGCUGGAGGAGCAAAAUAAUCAUUUGCAGAAGCAGCAGGAUGAACUGACCAAGAUACAAAACAAAAUGCAACAGGUGCUCGAUGAGCACUCGAAGCUGCAAAAUGCCCAGGAGAUCAUGGAGCACGAUCACCGCACGCUCCAAGACAAAUGCGAUUCCUACGAGAAGGAAAGUCUCAUAGCCAAGGACGAGCUCGCUUGCAUGCAGCAGGCCAAAGAUGCCUUACAGCAGGAUUUGGAUGAUGUACAGCAGCAACUGUCGGAGAUGCGUGAUCGACAGCGCGAACUGAAUCAGCAGUUGGAGGAGCAAACCCAAAACACCUCUCAGCUGGAGGCCAACACUGUGCAGGUGUCUACACUACAGGAAACAGUGCAUAAUCUGCGCGAGCAAUUGGACUCGCUGAAGGAAACGGAGCAAUCGAUGCAGCAAAAGAUGCAGGCGGCCAGUGCAUCCCAUGCAACGCAGCUGGAAACCCUCGAGGCACGUUGUAGUGCCGCCAAUGGUGAUGUCCAGCGACUGCACGAAGCGAAUGAUGCACUGCAGCGGGAAAUCGAGACCCUGAAGAGCUGCUCACAACAACAAACCGACUACGAGCAGCUGCUAAUCGAAAACGAGUAUCUAACCAAGCAUACCAAACAGCUGGAAGUGGAAUUGUCAGCACAUGGUGAUGGCAACGAUCUGAAAGAGAAACUCAAAUCACUGCAGUGUGAGCUCUACGUGCUCCAGGAGCAGGCCGAGCAGCAUGCCAGCCAACUGGCCGAAAAGGACACGGCUAGCGACGCUGCCAAGGCGGAGGUAUCUAAACUAAAGUCAGCACUGGAGGAGCAGGCGCUGGAAUUGUCCCGGCAAGGCGAGCAUGCCAGCUUUGUCAGCGAGCAGAGCGAUACAGUUCAGAAGGAGCUGUUACACGUCCAACAGCAGCUGCAGGAACAUCAAGCCGAACUGGCGAAAACGCAGGAACGUUGCCUCGACCUCGAAGAGCAACUGAACAAGCGAAAGGGUGACCAGGAACAGAUGCCAACGACCACAACAUCACUGCCCAAUGAUUCCGAGCAUCUGCGCAACCUUAAUGAGCAACUGCAACGUGAGCUGGAGGAUCUCAAGCACAAGAGCCAUGGAGAGCAGUCAAAUCUACAGCAGGAAAUCGAUGAGCUUCAAUCAAACAACAAGGAAAUGUCGGAACGCAUUACAGAACUGGAAACAUUGCGUGCCGGCAUUCAGGCCCAACAAUUGCUGGCCAGUCUGGUGCCCAAGAAUGUCCAGGAGGCAGUUGCCGUCGACGAGAAAGCGUUGCUGGAGGCGAAGCUGAAGGAUAUUAUGAGUGAAGUGCAGGAUGUGACGAAUCGAAAUCUAUUUCUGGAACAAAAGUGUGAAAACUUUCUCAUACUCGAACAGUCCAACGAACGUCUGAAGCUACAGAACGCAAAGCUUUCAAGGCAAUUGGAUGAAACAUUGGUAUCCAUGCAGCACAACGACAGCGUGCCAGCUAACACGGAGUUCGAGUAUCUGCGUAAUAUCAUGUUUCAGUACUUAACCGGCAAUACGAACAAUGAAACUCUGGUGAAAGUCAUCUCGGCAGUGUUGAAGUUUUCGCCACAGCAAGCACAGGUUGCCCUCGAAAAGGAGCACCAGCGACGCUCACUGCUAAACAAACUGAUCUAGCAAGAGUUGUUGGUACUUUACGGCAGCAACUGGUGGCAGCACUGCAACGACGUGCUUCUAGACUACAACAAAUUAAAGCUGAGCGUUUAACCCACAACAUGUUCACAACAAGUACCUUACCUCAACUUGGCCCCAAGUUGUUGCUGUUGAAAAUGCGCAAUAACGGCUUAAAGGCAUUUCGACAUGGAGGCAUCGUUAAUAUCCGAUACAUACAUGUAUAUCAUAUACAUAUACAUUUGGGAAUCCCCUCCCAUGAUAUUGUACAGUCGCACUAGAAACACGAGCAACUCUCUAUUGUACAUUUGAAAUUAUGCUAAAUUUUGUUGCUUCAUUGACACAAGACUCACAAUUUAACCGCUUUCCAUUUCCAUUUAAUGUGCAAUCAUUUCUACAUGCAAUGUGUAUUCUUUUCUAAAUCAAAUUAACUAUAAUCUUAAGCUUAAAGUUGUAAAAAUAUCGAUUGCAGUUAGCAUUUAGUUUAAUUCAAUUAAUUAUAUACACAUGAAAAACAUAAAUAAAUAGUUACAAUUCG